UUAAGAAAGAACCUGUUACGUUCCACUCAGUCCACUCGAGACUGGUAUGAUUAAACGUCUAAUAACAGUUGUGUACCAAAGUAACUGUGUCAUCAUGUGGCUUGUGGUGUGUGUCCUGGCGUCUGCCGCUAUAUUUGUAGAAGUUGAAUCCGUUUGCCCACACGAGGACAUAAAUCUGAAACCAAUUUCAACACUCUACGAAUAUUUUCCGAAAGACUUAGAAAUUGUGAUCGACGGUUUGGUCCUUCUUGACAUCCCAGAGCUUGACGUUCAUUCCAUCGACAUCAUAGGUGAAGGUCGCCUCGUUUUCAACCAAGGUCACGAUAUCUCCAUCAAAACACGAGGGAUUUUCGUGAAAGACUUUGGUCACCUCAUAAUUGGAAGUGAAACUUGCAGACAUAAAGACAAUGUUAAUAUUCAACUAGAAGGACAACGAACGGUGGACCGCACAUUACUUGGAGAUCACGGCGAGAAGUACAUAGCAAUAAGUGACUAUGGCACCCUACAGAUCCAUGGCGAGGACAGGCUGGCAUGGACAAAGUUGUCUGGUACGGUGGACCGAUUUAAUGCCAACAAAGACAAUGUGCAUUUCAGACAUUUGGAUACAGACAAUGCUUGGAUAAAACCGGCGCAAUCCGGUUUCGCCGUCCAUAUUCUGGAUCCAGAUUUGAACUUUGUCUUUUAUGACAUAUUCAUCAUGCAGUCUUCAGCCAGGAGAACAAACAAAGCAUUGACUAAGCUGGCAAAAAAACUUGCAGCUGCCGAGGACGGGUCUGUUAUAGCUAUAUCAGUUCAGGUGCAGUUUAUCAAAUCUGUGGACGCUGACUUUGACACUUUUUUCGAGAUCAUAGAAACAUUGGCGGGAAUGGAAGAAGGGGAAUUACUACUCCGUGAUCAAGUGGGAUAUGACGCUUUUUCUUUAGUAUUUGUUGUCGGAGGUUACAAUUAUGGACAGUCCCUGGAUAGACAAGUUGGAAAAAUUGAUUCUGAAGCGAUGUCCUCUAUAUUUUACAAGAAUAAAAAGAUAACAGCCGUGUGUUAUAUUUUACCGAACAGGAAUUAUGAAUCCUUUGUUGACCUGAGAGUUAUAACUCCUGGUGUUGGAUACCCGGAUAUAACGGUCACACAUGACAUCAGCUCUUGGAAAACAGGUGACCAGGUUCUAUUUACUUCGACUGAUUACAAACCGCACCAUGCAGAAGUCCGAACCAUUAAAGAAAUAACUGGACCACAUACCUUCAAAGUGUCACACGAAUUUUUCUACCGUCAUUUUGGUGAAAUAGAAAAGGGAGUGGACAUGCGCGGGGAAGUUGCUUUGUUAACACGGAACAUUAAGAUAUCGGGUGUUCAGCAAAGGGGCUGUCCAGCAGAAAACGGUGAUUGCAAUCUGAAUCCGAAAGAAGUGGACGUGUACGGCGGUCAUAUCAAGAUAAUGGACUUCAGUACUGUUGUGAUUCAAGGGGCAGAAUUGUUUUUUAUGGGUCAGGCCAGGGAUGAAGGAUUCUAUCCCAUACAUUUUCACAUGUGCAAGGACAUAUCUGGAAAAACGGCCAUUGUCAAGGGCAACUCUAUACACCAUACAUACAGACGAGCUAUAACCAUACAUGGAACUUUUGGUACAUCUGUUGACAUACCCGGUGUCCAGAUACUUGAGAACGUAGCCUAUGAAGUGUACGGCCACACAUACUUUCUUGAAGAUGGGGCUGAAUCGGCCACUAUAUUACGUGGAAAUCUUGGCGCCGUCACAAGAAACAUUAUCAACGACUUUAGCACAGAUCGGGAGAGAGCUACUACGUUUUGGAUAACGAACCCUAAGGUUGUGAUGGUGGACAAUGUUGCAGCGGGUUCAUCGGGUUUUGGUAUCUGGUACACGUUUCCAAGGGAACCAGUAGGACCUUCAACAGGCCUGGCAUAUCAAUACGAGGAAGCGAAACAUACAGCGAUGUGGACGUUUGAUAAUAAUGUUGUCCACUCUAAUGAACGGGGUGGGUUUAACUUUGACUUCAUAAUGCUGAGUGAAAAGGGAAACAUCGGCGGUUGUAUGAAUUACGAGACGAGGGAGGACCCGUUCGAUCCUCAAUCACCCGGGGUGAAAGUUCAACUGAAUCGACUUACAGCAUACAAGAACCAAGGAAUUAACGUUUGGUUGAGAGGGGGAUGGUUUGAAAUUUACCAGCUAUCGUCUGCUGAAAGCCAAAAGGGACUUCAAAUAGCAAGGGGCAGUGACCAGUCUAUAUAUAUCACAAAAAGUAUUUUCCUCGGUAGAUCUGUUGGGAACUACGAAGAUUCGAGCUAUCCAGAUGCGGUUUUACCAUCCGAACUUGGACAGAUCCUCGGCACAGUGUUUCACGACGGUCCCACUUACUUCAGUAAGUGCUGGUUUGACGGUUUCCAGGGUAACGAAACAUUCAUUUCUGGAGCGAUUGGUUUUGCACCUAAAUUGAAAACCGACACAUCAGUUGUUAGCACGGUUACUGACAUGAGAUUUGGUUUUGUUGAUGGGGAAGAUGGUACUCGUGUAUUUGACGGUCUGGUUGAUGACAGUAUUCAGGGGAUUAUAGAAUUUAGCAUCCAAGAGGCUUCCACGUUCCGUGACGUUGACGGUUCCGUCACACGCUGUCCCUCAGACUCCGACUGGACAGGACCUGUUCAAGUUAUAAAGUCCGAGCCAACCACAAUUACGGAGAAAUGUGUGUAUAGGGAUAACUGGAACAUGGCAGUUUGUAAUGACCUAUAUGGCAAGUUGAUGUUCGGUGCGCUCGACUAUUUCCCUGGAACAACAGAGAAAGAUUUCAAUACCUACACUAGACAGGUCCGGAGACGUCGCUUUGACGAUGAUGAUGAAAUAUAUGCAGAAGAUGAUGGAAACUUGGAGCGGAAAGAAUUUACUACGAUUAUCGGCAAAGAUGAAUAUUACUACGAGUUUCAGUAUAUAGAAGAUUUCCCGAAGAAGAUGAGAGUCACAGGGAAAGGUAUUGAAAAAGGCAAAUCUGUGGUCGUUGGCGUUUGUUUACCAGAGGGCGCUAAUGAAGAAAACAUAAGUGCGUAUAUUUACACACCAGACGAUAUCACCUUUGGUGGAGAUGGCAUGAAAUUUGUAGAUUCCAUGGAAGAAGUUAAAUCCGAUCUUCGGAUGCGCAAAGUGUAUCUGAAAGGAAGAAUGUUGUACUUCCGCAUGAGCUCGAAAAAGGCUCGUGAUAUGAAUUGGGACAGAGAAGAUAACAAGAACUGCGCAGGCGCAUUCUGUCCAAAGUUUGUACUGUAUAUGAGUGAGCAGCUAGAAUAUUCUCCAUGUUUCGACGUUACAGAAGAUCAGUUAAAUAAGAAAAUUACUGUCGGAGAUCACAGCUGCACACUUCCUGCUUCUCAACCAGAUCCGGAUUGGGGAGCAAGGGAUACUUUGGCUUCAGAGAACGGAAGUUGGGGGCAAUGGAGUGGAUGGUCAGAAUGUUGCAACGAGGCUGGCAGGGAUAUAGUGCUGACAACUCGAUAUAGACUCUGUGAUGAUCCUGCACCUCGUGGUUCCGGUGCCGACUGCACUGGCGAAAGUCUUCAGAGUGCUCCGUGUCCGAACAGUUGUCCAGUUGAUGGUGAAUUGUCCGGAUGGUCCGACUACACGGAUUGUUUUUGUGACGGGAUCGCUAAAGGAUCAACAGGAGUUAGGACAAAAACCCAGGAAUGUAUAAAUGCUGCAAAUGGUGGACAAUUCUGCAAGGGAGAUUCGUUAAGACAUGCAAUGUGUAGAAAAACUUGUGGUGAAGCUUCUGAAAGCUCCGUUGACGGUACAUUUAGUUCUUGGGGCGAGUGGACGGAAUGUUUCUGUGGAGACAUAGCAGAAGGGUCACUUGGUGCGCGGACAAGAAGUCGCACGUGCGAAGGCACGGCGAACUUUGGAUAUUAUUGUAGCGGUGUCUUUGAAGAAAUGAUACAGUGUGACGCUGAUUGUUUCCCGGGACAGUAGAUUAAAACUUACAAAUGAUCUAUAGAAACUUGCUCUCAUGAGUUCUGUUGUUGUUUUCUUUUUUCUUCAUAUGUUCUCUAUAAUUGAUAAAAUCAGAUUGUUCACAUUCCGUCGAUAACUUAUCUACGUUGAGAAAAAUAGCAAAUAAAAAUGUCUUCUUGCAAAUA